AUGCCCAGCUCCCCCUCGGUCGAGAGCCAGGAUGCUGCAGCACCAGAGCCACACCACCAAGGCGAGCUCUCGUCCGUGCAUGCGACCCUGAACUGCGUCAACAUGCUCAUGGGCGUCGGCAUUCUGUCCGUGGCCUUUGCCCUGAAUAUGACCGGGUGGGUUCCAGGCAUCUCCAUGAUGGUCCUGUUUGCGUUGACGGUCAACUACAGCGCCAAGCUGCUGGUCAAGUGCAUGGCCAAGCCUUUCCCCGUCGCCGUCGACUCUGAAAGCGAGCGCGAGCCUCUUGACAUUGGCGAGCUGGCCUUUGGCCACACCGGACGCAACGUCAUCUCCGCCAUCUUCUGCUUUGAGCUCUUUGCUGCGGCCAUCGCCAUGAUCAUCCUCAUGGCGGACUCGCUCGAGGCUCUGUUCCCCGGCGCCGUCCCGCUUACGGGCCUCAAGCUGAUUGCGACGCUGGUGGUGCUGCCGACGACGUGGUCAAAGUCCAUGAAGCUCCUUUCCUACGCAAGCGUUGUCGGCAUCCUGGCGACCUGCGGAUUGGGCAUCAUCCUCGUCAUCGAUGGGCUCUCGGUCAGCACCAGCCCCGGAUCGAUCCUGGUGCCUGCCGAGACCCUGCUGUGGCCGCAGUCGCUGAGCCGUUUGCUGAUGGCCAUUGGCCUGCUUAUUGUCGGCUUCGAUGGCCAUGCUGUCUUUCCGGCGAUCCACCGAGAACUCAAGCAUCCCGAGUCAUUCAACAGCAUCAUGAAUCUUACCUAUGCGCUCAUUGCGACUCUGUACAUUGGCAUGGGUUCGCUCGGAUACUGCAUGUUCGGCACAGGCACGCUCCCAGAGAUCACCCAAAACCUGGCCACCGUUCCCGAGUACAACCAGCUCCUGACCUACCUCAUCCUGUGGCUCACGGCGAUCAACCCGGCUGCCAAGUACGGGCUGGUGACGACCCCGAUUCACACCCAAAUCGGUGAGCUUCUUGAUGGUGUCUGGCGCACCGACAGAACAGAGGGUCCGCCGUUCGACUCGCUCGGGUGGCGCCUCGUUUCAAGAACCCUCGUUGCCUUUGCCAUUCUCUUCACCUCGAUCCUCGUCCCAGGUUUCCACCAUGUGCUCUCGGUCCUGGGCUCAAGCUUCUCGUUUACGAUUGCCAUCAUCUUCCCGAUCCUCUGCUUCCUGGUCCUGUUUGGUGCUGAGAUUCCGCUCACGGAGCGGCUGUUCCAUCUUGCUGUCCUGAUGCUCGCCUUGGUAUUUGCUGUGUUGGGGACGCUGGGUGCCUUCAUUGAACACUAG